AUGAACGGACCGCUUCAGAACCUACCCUCGCCGCAUGCUCACACCAACGGGUGUACUCUCCACUACCCACCAGUCACUAAUGGAAAUGCUAGUUCUUCACAGAAUCAGCCUGACCCAUCAGAAAGGCAUCCAUUCCUGCACAUACUCACCAACUUCACUCGCAUCGCAAGCUCCUUUCUCAGACAUCUCUGGAAAAGUGUGGGGUACUGGUCUAGACCCGCUGUAUCCCUCAUUGUAUACGGUCUAACUGUAUACACUGCGUGGACAGCACCGAACCAGCACACGCUCCUUGGGCGCGUGUCUCCAUCCCUCGGCACAUGGAUCCUCGCCAUCUUCGCCAAGGCUGGCGACAUCUGUUUCGCCUUUGCGAUUGAAGACACAUUUGACGCGCUCGCAUGGCGCAAGCUAGGCUCGAGGCACCGAAGAUACGACGUGGUGCCGCUGGAAUGGUUCUUAAGCAUGACAUCGAGCACUGGCAUCGAAGGGCUGACCAGACUUCUGUGGAGGCGGUCGAGGCUCAGAAGAUGGACAGUGCGAUACUUUGGGAGACUUUGGAGGGCUGAACAAGUCGUCCAAACGAGCGAGGGUGAAGGCGAAGUCGCUUCCUGGGAGAGAAGAUGGAGAGAUUGGUGGAAGGGUGGGAGAUACUUCAGAUGGCCGUUUGCGCGGCUGUUGUUCGUUGCUGUAAUGAUUCCUGGUCCCGGUAUCAUCCUUCUGGCAAACAUCGACCAGGCGACCGUAUUCUUCGAUGUACGGUCAAUGAACGUAUCCGCCGGACUCGCUACGUAUGAUCCGACUAUAGCGAACGCAACACGCAACGUCGUCGCUCCCAUAAUCUCUCGAUACAUGCACGCCUUGCUUCAAGAUCGCUCAUUGACAUGGCCUGUGGAUCCGAUUGAUCCAUUGUGCAGCACUGGCAAGAAUUGUAACGCGUCUCUCAUAGCCGGGCCUUACUCAACAGUCUCUCCAUGGCCCUUCCCGAGGGCGAAUGAGAGUGUGGGAAUAGACGGGUUCCGCAUCAACAACGCCCCAUUCUACCAAGUAGACAUGUGGGAUUGGGAACCUGGUACAGUGACUUUCUCAGAAAGUCGAAAUUGCGUGGUAUACGGGGGUCUCGACGCAUUCAAUGAGUUUUCAACAUCGCUUUGUAUCUCUCAGCAAGAUUCGGAAGGUGUACUUGCGGCAGGAUGGGCCUCCUGCCAGCUUGGCUAUUCCCCAACAAAUUAUAGCUGUCUUGCGCGAGGAGGCCGAGAGGAAUGGGGUACCUUCUUUCGCUUCUACCGCCGCAACGCAACGCUAGUCUUUUCCCGCUCUGACCUACAAAUUCUUUCGGUGACUGACCUCUCACCUCCGCAACCCCAGAACAUCACACCAGCCGCGCUCUUCACCGUGUUGGACACUAUACUCUACCGGCCCGAUCGUGCAGACAGCGCAUUAAAAUUCUACGACGUCCGGUCGGCGGAGUACCUUCUAACGCAGAUGAUCGGUGUGCAGCUUUGGUACUCGUUGUACAAUAAUUCGGCUGGGCUCCCCGUUGGCAGAGAUUGGCUGAAGAACCUUGUAUCGCUGCCAGUGUACGUUUUUCAGCCCACGUCUAUAGAGCUCGUUCCCUAUCUCCCAGCACUGGCUGCAGACAAUGGUACGAGGCCGCAACCUAACCUCCCACGCGAGAACUAUGUUGAAGGUGCAUACUGUGUCAUCGACAAGCGUUCUAUUCCCGGUCUGGGGACGGUCUACGCAUAUAUCGUCGUCGCAGGGCUCUUGCUAGCAUUUGUCAUCAUCGCCAAGGGUAGGGCGCUGUUGUGGGAUGACGUUGCUACGAGCGAUUUCGCCAUAUUUGAUUACCAUAUUUUGACGAGAAUAGUGGACAUGAGUGUACAGAAGAGGGAGGUUUCACCGGAUCAAAUAUUGCAGACUGCUGGCGGAGAGUAUAGUACGAGUCAGAUGCUUGACCAGAUUCCCAAUCUACGCAUUGGAUUGAGGUAA